CAAAACGUCGUGAAUACUUUUCUUCUCUCGUUGUGUAUUCUCUCGAAUGGGUAAAUAUUCCGUGGUCAAAAGUCUGGGUGAGCUCGAAAUCCGAUCCGAGACGGAGGCAGGUGAUUCGUACGUCGACGCAGCUUUAGAAGAUAAUGGUCAGACGACCGAAGAAACAUCAUCAGUCCAACGUCGUUAUGCAACUGUUCUGUCAGAGGAAGAUAUUCAAGAGCUUAUGAAAAUUGAUAUUCAGAAUGUUUCAGAGUUUACUUCCCUCUCCAAAGCUGAAUCCACACUUGUGCUUUCUCACUGGAACUGGGAUGUUAUUGAUAUUUGCGAACAAUGGUCUGUUGAUGCCCAAAGGAUUAGAGAAACCGUCGGCUUAUUGGGACUUGAUACACCUUCUGACGACGAUGAAUUUGUUUUCGGAGUCUGCGGCCAUUCACCACCCCCACAUGAGAACUUUGCAUCGGCCUCUUGUGGCCAUCGUAUAUGCACUCUCUGCUGGACAAGCCAUAUCAACCAAAUCAUCAAUGAAAAUCUACCUGCUGAAUGGAAUCUUAGGCUGAAAUGUCCUGUUCCUGUUGGUCUCCACGCUUCUUGUACUGCUUCUGUUGGUCAAGAUAUGAUCGAGAGAUUUGCUUCCGAGAAAGACAAGUCCAAGUACAAUCAACAGCUCCUUAGAUCUUACGUUGACAGCAACAAAAUGAUGAAAUGGCAUUUUAUCCGGGGGUCUAGUUAUGCGAUUGAUUUUGGUCCUGAUUCUGAAAAUUCCAGUGUCUCCUGUCUCCGUUUGCUUAGAUUCUGUUGGAAUUGCAAGGAGGACGCUCACAGUCCUCUGGACUGUACAACUGCUGCAAAUUGGAUACAAGAAAUUACGGUGCCUUGUCCCAAGUGUCAGCUACGGAUCCAAAGAAAUCAAGAUAAUUCUCUGAAGAUGAAAUGCUUACCCUGUAACUAUGAGUUCUGUUGGUACAGCAAUGUCGACUGGAUUGAACAUGGGGAAGACGAUUUAUACAUUUGUGACUUCUAUGCUGUCUCGAGUGAUCAAAGUGGAGAAAUGGCAGAAUUUGAUAGUAGAUACAAAGAUUGUUAUGAAAAUUGGAAGAGUAAUGAAUCGUUGAUGGUAAAAGCAGAAGCAAACUUGCAGAAUCUAGACACUCUUAUUGAGAAUCUAAGUAACACACAGUUACCAACCAAACCGCAGCUUAAGUUCAUCCUAGAAGCCGGGCUUCAGAUAAUAGAAUGUACAAGGUUCCUCAAAUGGACUUAUGUUUAUGGAUAUUACCUUGGAGAGGAUGAGGUCGGGAAGCAAAAUUUACUGAAGCAAAUGCAAGUGGACGUGAAGUCUAUUCUGGGCAAGCUCGAUGAAUGUGUAAAGACUGACCUACUGUCGUUACUUGACGCGGAGGGACCAUCAGAGAGUUUCCAUCUCUUCCGCAUCAAGUUAACUCAACUAACGAGCACAGCGCGAGCACACUGCGAGAAUCUGGUAGGAGUCAUAGAGAAUGGCUUAGCUACUGACUAGUGUUUGUCUCUGCUUCAGAAAGGAAGCUAGUGGUUCGGGCCAUAUUCAUGACGACUAAUCGAGGCUAAUUUGUUGAUUUCCAGUUUAUUUACACAUAUAUUUGGAAUUUGCAGUUCAGGCUGGAAUUUUGGAUUUUUUUUUUUUUCUUUUUUUUCUUAAAGAGAUUGUUGUUUUCGUAUGUAUAUAAUAUGUAUAUAUAUCAACUUGCUUGUAUAUAUUUCUUAUGUUUAAAAUAACUGUUGUUAAAAAAAGUUGAAUUCACUGAAUAUAAUAAAAACAUUGGGUGUGAG